AGGGCCUCAUCCAUCACACACACUCAAGAGGCCCUACCUACCUACUGUCACCAGACACAGUACAGGAGGCCAGGGCAUCAGCCAUCACACACACUCAGGAGGACCUACCUUGCCGAGCAGCACUGAACCAUGGGAAAACAGAAGAUAUGGUUGGACAAGCUGGCACGGAACUUCCAGAUCCGUAACCUGCUGCUGCGCCAGGCUCUGGCAGAGUGUCUGGGUACCCUCAUCCUGGUGAUGUUUGGUUGUGGUGCGGUGGCUCAGCUGGUGCUUAGUGGAGGAUCACAUGGCAUGUUCCUCACCGUGAACUUUGCUUUCGGCUUCGCUGCCACCCUAGGGAUCCUGGUCUGUGGCCAAGUAUCAGGAGGCCAUCUAAACCCRGCGGUGACCUUCGCUCUCUGCCUGCUUGGGAGAGAACGCUGGAGAAAGUUCCCAGUGUUCUUUGCCUUCCAGACACUGGGCGCUUUCCUGGGCUCCGGGAUCAUCUUUGGUCUGUACUUUGACGCUCUGUGGGGCUUUGCUGGAAAGCUCAUUGUUACCGGGCCCAACGCCACCGCUGGCAUCUUCGCCACCUACCCUGGGGAACAUCUCAACCUGCUCAAUGGCUUCUUUGACCAGGUGAUUGGCACGGCAGCGUUGGUCGUGUGUAUCCUGGCAAUCGUAGACCCCUACAACAACCCCAUCCCCCAGGGCCUGGAGGCCUUCACGGUGGGCUUUGUGGUGCUGGUCAUUGGCCUGUCCAUGGGCUUCAACUCCGGCUACGCCGUCAAUCCUGCCAGGGACCUGGGGCCUCGUCUCUUCACCUCCCUGGCAGGCUGGGGCACCGAGGUCUUCACUGCCGGUAAGUGCUGGUUCCUGGUGCCCAUCUUUGCCCCGUUUAUAGGCUCCACCUUCGGGGUGAUAGUCUACCAGCUGAUGGUGGGCUACCAUCAAGAGGGAGAGGCUCGCGACAAGAAGAGGAGGGAGGACGAGGAGAAAGAGGAAGUCAGAGUCAGACUCACUAAUAUCACCAAAAAGGAUGCCCUAAAGGAAGAGAUGGUAUGAGUCUCUUAACCUACCACUCUCCAGCAGCCUUCACUCCCCACGACUACCAUCACCACCACCACUACUACUAACACUACUACUACCAC